UGCGCGGAAGCUGUGUCGAUAGGCCACGCCUCCUGGAAUACAGUUGAGUAGGUGCUGCCUGCUGGUUCCCCAUGGAUCUCGUGGGUCGCGCGUGUUUGAAAAGUCCGGCCGAGGAUGGGAGCGAUGAAGAGGAAGACCCUGAUGCCACAGAAGCAGCACCCCGAAUCCGGGACACCCCAGAAGACAUCGUGCUGGAAGCUCCAGCCAGUGGGCUGGCUUUCCAUCCGACCCAAGACCUGCUGGCCGCAGGGGACGUGGACGGGGACGUGUUUGUCUUUUCCUACUCUUGUCAGGAGGGAGAAACGAAGGAGCUCUGGUCCUCAGGGCACCAUCUCAAGUCCUGCCGGGCUGUGGUCUUCUCUGAAGAUGGGCAGAAACUUGUUACUGUCUCCAAGGACAAAGCAAUCCAUAUUCUAGAUGUGGAACAGGGCCAGCUGGAAAGACGAAUUUCCAAGGCUCAUGGUGCCCCCAUCAACAGUCUGCUGCUUGUGGAUGAAAAUGUUCUGGUUACUGGGGAUGACACAGGUUGUAUCCGGCUCUGGGACCAUCGGAGAGAGGGUCCGUUAAUGGAUAUGCGGCAGCAUGAGGAGUACAUUGCUGACAUGGCUCUGGACCCAGCCAAAAAGCUGCUGCUGACAGCCAGUGGAGAUGGCUGCCUUGGUGUCUUCAACAUCAAGCGACGCCGGUUCGAGUUACUCUCAGAGUCUCAGUCCGGGGAUCUGACCUCUGUCAUCCUCAUGAAAUAUGGGAAGAAGGUGGCCUGUGGCUCUAGUGAAGGAACCAUCUACCUUUUCAACUGGAACGGUUUUGGGGCUACAAGUGACCGAUUUGCCCUGAGAGCUGAAUCUAUUGAUUGCAUGGUUCCAGUUACUGAGAAUCUACUGUGCACUGGCUCUACUGAUGGAAUCAUCAGGGCUGUAAACAUCCUGCCAAACCGAGUGGUGGGCACUGUGGGCCAGCAUGCUGGGGAGCCUGUGGAGGAGCUAGCCCUUUCUCAUUGUGGCCGCUUUUUGGCCAGUAGUGGUCAUGAUCAGCGCCUCAAGUUUUGGGACAUGACUCAACUUCGAGGUGUGGUUGUGGAUGACUACCGGAGACGUAAGAAAAAGGGAGGGCCACUGCCACUGCGUGCCCUGAGCAGCAAGGCCUGGAGCACUGAUGACUUCUUUGCAGGGCUGAGAGAAGAGGGAGAGGAUUCUAAGGCUCCAGAGAAGCUGAUGAAAGAAAGUGAUGAUGACAGUGACUGAGGAUGAGUAGACUCUUAGGGACAUGUCUUCACUGAACAAGAGACCCUUGUUCCUAGGAUGGAUUCCCUACAGAAAUGUACUUUUUUGAUGCUACAGAUUGAACCCUUGACUGAGCUCUACCACUAAGCUAUAUCCCAAGUCCUAAGACAGGAAUUUGCAAUACCUAUUAAUGCCAUGUAAGAAGUUACAUAAACUCAGGGCACUGAAGUGGGCAAGUAUUUGCUCACCUUGUCAUUGUAAAACAAAUGUUCCGCUGUGGUAAGACAGCACAGACACUAUAUGUAUAUACCAACCAGGGGUUUAAUAUAAAUACAACCAGUAUAGAAAAACUCAAAACCAUAUAAAACCAAAACCAGAAUGAUAAAUUGUAGGGUGAAGGGCCCUUUGGCCUAGCCAGUUCUCUAAAUAAAAACAAAGAUUCAUACUAA